GGAGAUUAGAUAAAGGGCUAUUUGGAAGAGAAAAUAGGAGGCACUUUUUUACACAGAGAAUCAUGAGAGUCUGGAGCCAACUCCCCAGUAACGUUGUUGAAGCGACACCCUGGGAUCCUUCAAGAAACAGAUUAUAAUAAUAAUAAUAAUAAUAAUAAUAAUAGUAAUAAUCUUUAGUUUUAUAGCGCCUUUCAUAGUGGACCAUCAUCACAAAGCGGUGUGUGAGCUAUGCAUCAGCUGCAGAGUCACUUACAACAACGUCUCACCUGAAAGACGGAGCACAAGGAGGUGAAGUGACUUGCUCAGGGUCACACAGAGUCAGUGGCUGAGCUGGGAUUUGAACCGGGGACCUCCUGGUUACAAGCCUGUUUCUUUAACCACUGGACCACUCAGCCUCCUAAAAGGAACAAUAAGCUCCUAACAACCAGGUUUGAGGACAAAAUGACUCCUUGCUGAUCAGUCUUUAAGAGAAUGUUUUAUAAAACACCAAACAUACUUAUUUAAUGAAAAGAGAACUAUAGUAACUUUCAUCCAUCAUUCUUGAGAUUAGACAGAUACAAUCCUCUGGGAUUAUAAACGUAUUACAAGAAAUUCUGUGUCCCUUCAAUAGUAAAGCCAGCCCUGCUAUUAAAGCCAGGUUUUGUCGGUCCCUUGAAUGGCCUUAGUAGCACUAUAUUUAAAUAAAUGCAUUUAUUUUUCAGCUGUUACUAAGCAGAAUCUCGUGUGCUGCCAUGGACAGUGUGGAGAUGGAAUCUGUCCAGAUUAAAGAGGAGUUCUCUGAACCUGAACUUGUCCCCUUUAGAGCGGAGAUCUCUGGGCUGGCUUCUCUCCCCAUUAAACAGGAGCUCUGUGAGAUGCAAUGUGACAGCAGUCAGCCACAGGUCUCUGAGGUUAAAGCUGAGCGCAAUGAAUUGGAGAUCCCGCAGACAGAAGAACCCCUUCCUGUGAAACAAGAAGAGGUGCUGGAAAUUAACCAUAUUAAACAGGAGCCCCCUGAAGUAGAGUUUGACCACAUGGACCAAGGGAUGGAAGAAUCCGAGGACUUCAAACCAAACAUCCCUAAGCCGGAGAGAGUCUGUGUGAGAGAGCAAGGUGCUGGAGAGGAAGGCUUUCUCAACAGCAUGCAAGGAGGUGGAAAGGAAGACAGGCAGUCACAUUCAGAAUGCAGUCUAGCAGGUUCCAGUCCAGCAGCUAAAGCGAGGGCAGACGGUGGAGAAUAUCCUGACUGUGGUAAAGGUUUCACGCAGUUAGGGCAUUUAAACAAAACCCAGCGAACUCACACAGGCGAGAAACCGUAUUGCUGCACUGACUGUGGGAAGAGUUUCAAUCAUUUUAGAAACCUAAAACAACACCAGCGAAUUCACACAGGAGAGAAACCGUAUCACUGCUUUGACUGUGGGAAGAGUUUCAGUCAGUUAAGCAGCCUUGUUUUACAUGAGCGAAUUCAUACAGGAGAGAAACCAUAUCACUGCUCUGAUUGUGGGAAGAGUUUCAGUCAGUCAAACAGCCUUGUUUUACACCAGCGAACUCACACAGGAGAGAAACCGUAUCACUGCUCUGACUGUGGGAAGAGUUUCAGUCGGUCAGACAGUCUUGUUUCACACCAGCGAACUCACACAGGAGAGAAACCGUAUCACUGCUCUGACUGUGGGAAGAAUUUCAGUCGGUCAGGCAGCCUUGUGUCACACCAGCGAACUCACACAGGAGAGAAACCGUAUCACUGCUCUGACUGUGGGAAGAGUUUCAGACAGUUAGGAAGCCUAAAAGAACACCAGCGAGUUCACACAGGAGAGAAACCAUUUCACUGCUCUGACUGUGGGAGGAGUUUCAGUCAGUUAGGAAGCCUAAAAGGACACCAGCGAACUCACACAGGAGAAAAACCGUAUCACUGCUCUGACUGUGGGAGGAGUUUCAGUCACUUAGGAAGCCUAAAAGGACACCAGCGAACUCACACAGGAGAGAAACCGUAUCACUGCUCUGACUGUGGGAAGAGUUUCAGUUGGUCAGACAGCCUUGUUUCACACCUACAAACUCAUACAGGAAAGAAACUGUGUCUGCUCUAACUGUAGGAAGAGUUUCCGUCUUAAACAAGCCCUUCAAAAACACCAGCGAAUUCAGAGGAGAGAAACCUUAAAGACUGUUUCGUGUAUCACUCUUAACCCUUUGCGGUCAGUUUAUUCAGUACCUGUGAGGCACGUCAAGUCCUACAAAGGAAGGCUUUGCGCUCUCACAGCCUCUCAGUCUCGUGUUCUUAUUGUUUCCGAUCGUAUACUCCCGGCAUUGUGUUAUUUCAGUGAUACUGUAUUUCUUUUAUUUCACUCUAUUAUGUCAUUCAAAUCAUGACUGGAAAGCGACCACGUGAUAGCAAGAGUGCAGGACCAGUUCGUAAGCGAAAGAAGAUUGAUUUAGAGCAGAAAAUGAAAAUACUGAAAAAGUAUUAAGGCGGACAAAGCCUGUCUUCAGUUGCUUGUGAACUCGAUUUGGCUACCUUUUUUCAUGUUCUAUAAACAUACGUACUGUACACACAUACAUUUACAUAGCCACACAUACACAAAAACACAUACUGUACAGUAUUACACACAUACUGUAUGUGUAUAUAUAUAUAUAUAUAUAUAUAUAUAUAAUUAUUAUUAUCUAUUUCUUAGCAGACGCCCUUAUCCAGGGCGACUUACAAUUGUUACAAGAUAUCACAUUAUUUUUACAUACAAUUACCCAUUUAUACAGUUGGGUUUUUACUGGAGCAAUUUAGGUAAAGUACCUUGCUCAAGGGUACAGCAGCAGUGUCCUCCACCGGGGAUUGAACCCACGACCCUCCGGUCAAGAGUCCAGAGCCCUAACCACUACUCCACACUGCUAUAUAUAUAGCGUCUGUAAUUUUGAAUACUGACUGGAUACUGUUUUAAUUCUGGAAACAGUUUUUUUAAUAGUUUGGUUUUGCUAAAUUGCAUUGCCUCUUACUGUUUACACAUUUCUGACAUUUAGAUUUAAAAAUACAAACAAUUAUACUUUAAUUAAUAAUUGAAACAAGAUAAGACUUAAACUGAACAGGUGAUAUUUUGUGCAUUUUAAAACAACAAUUACAAAUGUCUGAACCGUUUAAACAUUGAUUUGAAUGUAUCUACAAGUUUUGAAGUAACUCUAGAUUACAGCUUAAUAGGGCUGUCAGUUAAUGCUGUAUUACUGCAAAUGUUUACUCCUGUUUACUUCUAAUUCUGGUACCGUGAUUUCUUUUAUAUUCGUCUUA